CUCUCUGCCCAUCCCUUCAUCCAUCUCUGCCCAUUCCUUCAUCCCUCUCUGCCCAUUAUUUCAUCCCUCUCUGCCCAUCCCUCUAUCCCUCUCUGCCCAUCCCUUCAUCCCUCUCUGCCCAUUCCUUCAUCCCUCUCUGCUCAUCAAUUCAUCCCUCUCUGCCCAUCCCUUCAUCCCUCUCUGCUCAUCCCUUCAUCCCUCUCCGCCCAUCAAGUCAUCCCUCUCUGCCCAUCCCUUCAUCCCUCUCUGCCCAUUCCUUCAUCCCUCUCUGCCCAUCCCCUCAUCCCUCUCUGCCUACCAAUUCAUCCCUCUCUGCCCAUCCCUUCAGCCCUCUCUGCCCAUUCGUUCAUCCCUCUCUGCCCAUUCUUUCAUCCCUUUCUGCCCAUCUCUUCAUCCCUCUCUUCCCAUUCCUUCAUCCCUCUCUGCCCAUCCCUUCAUCCCUUUCUGCCCAUCAAUUCAUACCUCUCUGCCCAUCCCUUCAUCCCUCUCUGCCCAUUCGUUCAUCCUUCUCUGCCCGGACCAUCAUCCCUCUCUGCCCAUUCCUUCAUCCCUCUCUGCCCAUGCCUUCAUCCCUCUCUGCCCAUCCCUUCAUCCCUCUCUGCCCAUCCCUUUAUCCAUCUCUGCCCAUCCCUUCAUCCCUCUCUGCCCAUUCGUUCACCCCUCACUGCCCAUUCUUUCAUCCCUCUCUGCCCAUUCCUUCAUCCCUCUCUGCCCAUCCCUUCAUCCCUCUCUGCCCAUCCCUUCAUCCAUCUCUGCCCAUUCCUUCAUCCCUCUCUGCCCAUUAUUUCAUCCCUCUCUGCCCAUCCCUUCAUCCCUCUCUGCCCAUCCCUUCAUCCCUCUCUGCCCAUUCCUUCAUCCCUCUCUGCUCAUCAAUUCAUCCCUCUCUGCCCAUCCCUUCAUCCCUUUCUGCUCAUCCCUUCAUCCCUCUUCGCCCAUCAAUUCAUCCCUCUCUGCCCAUCCCUUCAUCCCUCUCUGCCCAUCAAUUCAGCCCUCUCUAUUAAAGCCUCCAUGCGCACUUAGC